UUAAGCCCACCACGAUCUCACCCAAGCUCCAGUACUUGUUCCCCACUAAAUCCUUUCUCCAACUUCUCCUCCUCUUCUUCUUCUUCUUCUUCUUCUUCUUCUUCUUCAAAAAUUUAGAGAAAAAAAGGAAGAAGAGGGUCUCUUGUUUAUGUUGUAACAAUUAAUGGAUUUCUUAUUCUUCUCCUUUUUGGUUGUGUUCUUCUGCCUUUUCCUGUUUUCCCCCUCCACCAAUGCCUGUGAAAGGUGUCUUCACCACUCAAAGGCUGCUUACUUCCCUUCUGAGGCUGAUCUUUCUGGUGGGGCUUGUGGGUAUGGAUCAAUGGCCACACAACUAAAUGGAGGCUACAUUGCAGCAGGGAACCCAGCUCUUUUCAGAAGAGGAAAUGGUUGUGGAGGAUGCUACAAGGUGAGAUGUGUUGAUAAGAUGCUUUGCAACAGUGAAGGUGUUAAGGUGAUUCUGACAGAUAGUAGCAGGAGAGUGAAUCGUACGGAACUGGUUCUCAGCAAGAAGGGGUUCAUGGCCAUGGCUCAAAAAGGCUUGGCCCAUCAUUUGAUGAGACUUAAGAUGGUUCAUGUGGAGUAUAAGAGGAUACCCUGUGAAUACAAGAACAAGAACUUGUCCAUCCGAGUGGAGGAGGGCAGCAGAAACCCCAAACAUCUGACCCUCAAAUUCCUCUUCCAAGGCGGCCAAACCGACAUCGUCGCCGUCGAUCUCGCACAGGUGGGCUCGCCGAUUUGGGAGUACAUGACGCAGCGGCGAGGGCCGAUAUGGAGCACUUCGCGAGCCCCGACGGGGCCGUUGCAACUCCGGGUGGUGGUGACGGGCGGGUCGAGCGGGAAGUGGGUGUGGGCGGAGACGGAGGUUCUUCCCGCCGAGUGGGAAGUCGGGAAGAUCUACGACACCGGCGUUCAGAUCAGUGAUGUUGCUAAAGAGGCCUGCCUGCUGCCUUGCGAACGAGGCAGCAGAAGAGAGUGAAAGUGAAGAAGUGAAGAAAGGGGGCAUACAUAGAAACAAGCCAGGCAUCAAUUUUGCAUUUGGAGGGAAAGAAAAGCAAAGGGGAAAAAGAAAAUCUAAUUGUGCACAUUUUGUGUGUGUGUGUGUAUAUAUAUAUUGAGUAGUGCAAAUUGAGUUGGUUCGCAUUGUGA